AGACAGAUUGCUGACAAGUCAAGGAAGACAGGAUUUAACGCCGAAGUAUGAUGAGAUUAACCACCCAGCGAAAUUGAAGCCAAAACUAGUUUUCAGUCUGUGUUUAAACAGCAGGAAUUUAUCUGUUUUUCCUGCUGAGACUUCACAUUGUGUCUUUAAAAAGGCAGAAAGUACUGUGAAAUGCUGAAACAGUUUAAACCACCUAGGACUAAGUAAGACAUACAUAAUGAAACCAUUUGUACGACUUGUGUAGGAAAAGGACACGUGCUUGUAGAACACAUUUGGGUAUCUGGAGUGAAAGCAGUUAAGAAUGUCUCUGCCGAGUCGACAGAUCUCUGUUGUGAACCCUCCUCCCCCAGAGUUUAUAAAUGCCAAAAAAAAUGGGCGAAUGACCAACCAACUGCAGUACCUGCAAAAAGUUGUCCUAAAGGCUUUAUGGAAGCACAGUUUCUCCUGGCCUUUUCAGCAGCCGGUUGAUGCCGUGAAGUUGAAGCUGCCUGAUUAUUAUAGCAUUAUAAAAAACCCAAUGGACUUAAAUACAAUUAAGAAGCGCUUGGAGAAUAAAUACUAUGUGAAGGCUUCAGAAUGUAUAGAAGACUUUAAUACAAUGUUUUCAAAUUGUUACUUAUACAACAAGCCUGGAGAUGACAUCGUUCUCAUGGCGCAGGCUCUGGAGAAGUUGUUUAUGCAGAAAUUGUCUCAGAUGCCACAAGAAGAGCAAGUUGUAGGCGGUAAGGAAAGAGUAAAAAAAGGUGAGAUGGGUGGCGCCCAACAGGAUGUAGCUGUUAGUUCCAUUAAAGAAAAAACAUCCCCCAAGAUAACCGAAAAAGUACUUGCUCAGCAAGUGAUACCCUCUGUAUUUCCAGAGACAUCCAUUUCUCCCUUGAAUAUGGCACAAGGAGCUCCACCCAGUUCUAGCUCACAAAUGAUGACCCAAGUUACCAGGGGUGUCAAGAGGAAAGCAGAUACAACAACUCCUACAACUUCUGUGAUUAAACCAAGUAGUGAAUGCCUUACUGAAAAAAAGUCUGUGGGAAUGCCACAAAUGAAAGAAAGUGUGCUAAACAAUGUUUUGCCGGAUUCACAACAGCAACAUAAAGUUGUAAGAAGUGUUAACGUAACGGAACGAUUAAGACACUGUGGUGAGAUUCUGAAAGAACUGCUUGCCAAGAAGCAUUUAUCGUAUGCCUGGCCCUUUUAUAAUCCUGUUGAUGUUAAUGCUUUGGGACUUCAUAACUACUAUGAUAUUGUCAAAAAUCCAAUGGAUCUUGGAACUAUUAAGGGGAAAAUGGACAAUCAAGAAUAUAAAGAUGCUUGUGAAUUUGCUGCAGAUGUUAGGUUAAUGUUUAUGAAUUGCUACAAAUACAACCCUCCAGAUCAUGAAGUGGUGGCAAUGGCAAGAACACUGCAAGAUGUGUUCGAAAUGCAUUUUGCGAGGAUCCCAGAUGAGCCUGUUGAGAGUAUGGCAAUGUGCUUCAUUAAAACAGAAACAGCCAAACCCAUUUGUAGAAGAAGCAGUAGUGAAGCUUCUUCUGAAGACAACUCGUCUGGGGAUUCUGAAGAUGAACGAGUGCAGCGACUUGCAAAACUUCAGGAGCAGCUUAAAGCUGUUCAUCAACAGUUACAGGUUCUAUCCCAGGUACCUUUCCGUAAGCCAAAGAAAAAGAAUGAAAAGUCUAAAAGGGACAAGAAAAAAGAAAAAGUAAACAACAGAGAUGAAAAUCCACGGAAAAAACUUAAGCUAAUGAAACCGAAGGAAAAAUCCAAGAGCAAUCAAACUAAGAAGAGGAAGCAACAGGUCUCUGCUGUGAAAUCUGAAGAGGAAGAUAACGCCAAACCUAUGAACUAUGAUGAGAAAAGACAGCUAAGUUUGGAUAUAAAUAAACUCCCUGGGGAAAAGCUUGGGCGAGUGGUUCACAUCAUACAGUCAAGAGAGCCUGCCUUGAGAAAUUCCAAUCCCGAUGAGAUAGAGAUAGAUUUCGAAACACUGAAAGCCUCAACACUAAGAGAACUAGAAAAAUAUGUUGCAGGGUGCUUGAGAAAAAGACCACUGAAGUAUCAUGCCAAGAAAACCGGGAAGUCCAAAGAAGAACUCAAUUCACAGAAAAAACAGGAGCUGGAAAGGCGAUUACUCGAUGUCAACAAUCAGCUAAAUGCUAGAAAACGUCCAGUAAAACCUGAGAAGACAGAACCAGCUCCAAUAGUUGGAACGGUCUCCCGUCUGAGUGAGAGCAGCAGCAGCAGCAGUAGCAGCAGCAGCAGCAGCAGCUCUUCAGGGUCCGAAAGCAGCAGCAGCGACUCCAGUUCUUCCGACAGCAGUGAUUCCGAACCAGAAAUGCCUCCUAAAUUUACUGAAGUAAAAAAGAAUGAUCCUUUAUCUAAAGAAAAUGUAAAGCAGGUACAAUCUUCCGUGCAAGACACUACCCCUACUACAAAUACUCUUGUUCAUCAGGGCAUACCUUCGUGUGGAGUGCCGCCAACUCAACAGCAGUUAGCAUUUACUUAUCCAGAAUUGCAGCAAUCACAGAUUGUGAAAAACAUUUCACCUUUACAAGUUCUGACUCCUUCAGGUAGCUCUGAACAACUUUUGAAUGGCUCAACUGCAAUGCAUCCAUCCGGUGAAAACACUACACUGGUGCCUGAAUCUGAAUGUCAAGUGCCUGUGCAGAAGGAUAUAAAGAUUAAGAAUGCAGACUCUUGGAAAAGUUUAGGCAAACCUGUGAAAACAUCAGGUGUACUGAAACCUUCUGAUGAACUCUUCAACCAGUUUAGAAAAGCAGCAAUAGAAAAGGAAGUAAAAGCUCGGACACAGGAACUAAUACGGAAGCAUCUGGAACAAAACACAAAGGAAACAAAAGUAUCUCAAGAAAAUCAGAGGGACCUUGGAAAUGGAUUGCCUCUGGACUCGUUUUCAAAUAAAAUGCCCAACAAAUGCCUUUGGGAAGAGCAGACAGAACAUCAGCAGUCAUUGGAAGAGCAAGAAAAAUGCAAACUCCAGCUUCUCAAAGACCGGAAUUUAGCAAGGGAGAAAGAGCAGGAGCGGAGGAGGAGAGAAGCAAUGGCGGGUACCAUUGACAUGACUCUUCAAAGCGACAUUAUGACAAUGUUUGAAAACAACUUUGAUUAAAACGAAGGAUACAAAAGGUUUAAAUGCAUAUGGUAAAAUGAUUGCUUGCAGACACCAAGAUAUCAAUCUUAUAUUGUAUUUUGACUGCUCUAAAAUGAUUAAACAAUUUCACUUACAUUUUUAAUA